ACAGAAAGACUUUCAAUGUUUUAUAGUGGUGCAACCUGUGAUUUCUCAAGUCUACUACAUUGAUGUUUCAUUGAUCUGUGUCUAUCAGGGUGAUCUUUGAUUGGCUUUCCACUUCUAGAAGUUAAAGAGUUUUGAACCUGGCAACUCCAAAACAAUGGCAGAGAGCACACCGGACUCCAACCCAUCCACCAAGGUGAUCCAGAAUCAGGAAAAGACUGACUGUAAGGACACAUUUGAAGUGUCUGAUUCUGCAGCAGUAGCAGCAGUCAAAGCCAGACCUUCAGACCUGGGGCUGAUCCGAAGCCUGUCCAAGUCGGACUCUGACUUGUUGGCGUCACCGCCCGGGGAGGAGGAUGGAGGAGGUCUGGCCGGCCGCAGUGGGUCCGUGUCUAACUGCAGCUCCGGGCAGCCGUCCAUGGAGCGCAUGCCUUCUUUUGCCUCCGAGUGGGAUGAGAUUGAGAAGAUCAUGAACCUGAUUGGAGCAGGCAUUGAAACAUCCAAAAAGAAACAGCCCACAUCAAGCUCAGAUGGGGCCUGUGGUAAAGCCCUGGACCAGCCGGUGGGAGAGUGGCUGGAGCACGUGGGGCUGCCGCAGUACGAGAGCAAGUUCCUGCUCAAUGGCUUCGACGACCUACGAUUCAUGGGAAGUAACGUGAUGGAGGACCAGGAUCUCAGAGACAUGGGGAUCACUGACCCAGGACACAGAAAGAAAAUCCUUCAUGCGGCACGCAGCUUGCCUAAGGUAAAAGCACUGGGCUGUGAUGGCAGCACAUCUCUUGCCUCCUGGCUGGAUGGUCUGGGCCUGCAUGAAUAUCUUCCUAACUUUCUCUCAAGUGGCUAUCGUACACUGGAGUGUGUGAAGAACCUGUGGGAGCUGGAGCUUGUCAAUGUUAUUAAAGUUGGUCCCCUGGGCCACAGGAAGAGGAUCGUUGCUUCUUUAGCAGAGAGACCAUAUGAAGAGGCUCCCUCUAAGUCACGUCGUCUGUCUCCAAUCUUGUUUCAUGACCUCCUGUCCCAGACCACAUCCCCCCUCAGUCAGAUGGACCCCUACACCAGUCGCUCCAUGGACAUGCUCCUGCCCUUGACUGAGCCCGACCGCAGGCGGAGAGGUGUCGACCAAGACUGUAGUCUUUCUUUGCGCUCAUAUUGCGAGAGGCCGCGCUCUGUAGACAGACAAAGUGAACGACAUAAAGACUCACGUUUAAACCUCCGGCCCCCGAGCCAUUCUGCUACCUAUGCCACUGUAUCUGCCUGGCAUCACCAGCCUGAGAAACUCAUCCUGGACUCCUGCGGAUAUGAGGCAACAUACCUAGGAUCAUUGAUAAUCAGGGAUCUACGAGGGAUUGAAUCCACACAAGAUGCCUGUGCUAAAAUUAGGAAAUCAAAGGAUUCUAGAAAGGGUCCGGUAGUCAUACUGUCCAUUACCUAUAGAGGGGUCAAGUUCAUUGAUGCAGCCACGAAGACUAUAGUAGCGGAGCAUGAGAUCAGGAACAUCUCAUGUGCCGCUCAGGACCCAGAUGACCUCUGCACUUUUGCUUAUAUUACCAAGGAUCUGAAGAGUGGCCACCACUUCUGUCAUGUCUUCAGCACUGUGGAAGUGACACAAACCUACGAAAUCAUCCUCACACUGGGACAGGCAUUUGAAGUGGCCUAUCAGAUGGCAGUCCAGUCAAGGGCGAGACAAUACAUCCCUCCUACAUCUCUGACCUCAGAGGUCAUAGAAACCAAAACCAGCCGUCCUGUUCCUCAAACGUGGAAUAGUAUGCGGAGAUCAGCAAUCGACCCCCUGGAGAUGGACCCCGAUAUGCAGUCCCUGGGCAGCACCACCUGGCUCUUGGACCACCGGGACUCCAACAGGCGCCCCGUCAGCACCAAGUACGAGACCACCAUAUUCUGAGGCGGGAUCCCCACAGCCGCCCCUCUGCACCCCUUCGUACCUCCCUCUCUCCCCCCUGCAUCCGGUUUCUUGAUUUAUCUCACACGCACACACAUAAAAACAUGCGAGCCCCGUGCCUUCUCACUGUGAUGGUAUAGCAUCCCUCAGGGCUGCCCACUCCUGCACCCUCCUUUGCCCUGCCCAGCGACCCACACAAACCUCUCUACCCGUCAUGACAAACACUCCUGCGGCCCCCCUGUGCCUCCCCACCACCCCCGGCAGCCUCCCUCGCCUGUUGCUGCUACAGCCCAUGCCGGAGCUCUGGACCGGAUGAUCCUGGACUGAUGUCAUUUUACAGUGGCCCUGCUCUCUCAACCAAACUGCCUCUUCCUCCUCAUCCUCCUCCUCCUGACAACUUGCAUCUGCCUCCAAAUCCCAGAUAGCUCCCAGAGGUUGCAUCUUUAUUAUUCUUUACUCUUUCAGGCCUUAUUUUUAAACUGAUUCUGCACAGGCAAAACAAGCAUGCUCAUUUUCAUUUGGCUCUGUAUGUACACUCCAGAUUGGCUUUAAAUCACAGCAAGUUUGAUUUCCAGGAAAGUUGAGUUUGCAUUAUUAAGUAUACUGAAUAGUUACACAACUGUGUGUAAUGUCAAAGGUUUAACAGAUUGUUAAACUGUUAAAAGAAAAGUUUAACAUAUUGGGAAAUAUCUUUAUGCAGUGUCAUUUUAUCUGUUUUCUAUUAUAUCUUAACUGUUUCUGUUAUAAUCUCAGUACUACUACAAAAUAAAACGGACAAAAAAUUAAAGUCAGUGAGGAACAAUUGUUCAAAUUACACAGAUGUCAGCAAAUUUAGCUUAGCUUGAAGGGAUAGUUUGUUUACUGUGAAACAUGGUUGUAUGAGGCACUUGUCAAAAAUGUGUUAGCCAGGGAAGAUGCCAGUCAGCUCAGCCCCUUUAAUAAGAAACUAGCCAGACUGGAAGCUAGGCUAUAUUUCAUGGCAGAGGAGGUUAUUUUAGGGCCCCAGGUGGUGCUUUUAGCACUGGUAACUCUCACAAUUUCUGGUUUUGAUGCACUUCUCACUGCCAUUUAUUGUUGCUAGGUGAAGAAGGUUGUUCUGGGUUGUUUCAAAAGUUGUUAAACUUUUUUUCGAAAGGAGUGCUGUGAGCAUGAUGACAAAACAGCUGAUGCUGAAGGUGUUUUUUAAGUACUCAUUUGCGCGAGAAGUAUAACACUGAGUGCUGGACUUGGUUUUACAUUGAAAAUAAGUGCUACCAUAGCUACAAGCGGAUACAGCCCCUUACACUGUAUUUUAGCAAUUUUUGGAGGGUUGCCAUCAUUUUAGCCAGGACAGUAGAUAAAGAAAGAAACGGGAAGAGAGAGAGCUGCAGGUGAGACUUGAACCUUGGGCUGCCAACUCUGAUCUCUAUACUCUCUAUUCAUUAGGCAUGACUCAACUGCUUUACUUUGCUGUCAGCAAGCCACUUUAUUUAGCACUACCCUCCAACUGUGAUACAUACAAGCUCCUCUGCCUGCUAGAUUACAUGACACAAACGGCCCCAUCUGCAGCAAUAUGUAUAGCCUAGUUUCCAUGUCAGCAUUCUGGCUAGUUUCUUAAUACAGGGGCAUCUCCUGUGGCUACUCCACUUACUAUUGACAAGUUCCUCAUAUAACCCCACAUAAAAAUAGAACUAUCCCUUUAGAGAUUUCAAACAAAGGAAAACAGCUAGCCUGGGUCUUAUCAGCAAGAUAGUAAAUAUCCUAAACUAGUACAGAAAAAGAUGUUUAAAGCUGCAACUGUUCUGCUACUCUGUGAGAUUGCAACCUGGGUAUGGUAAAACAAAAGAAAAGUCUAAUCAUGCUGGUUAAAAUCAAGCAUGAAUCAUUUUAUUUUUGUCCUGAUUUGGAAAUCAAAACAUGUAGUCCAAUAGUUAACCUCCAUCCUUAUUCACACUUUAUUUCCAGUUAGAAUUAAACUUUAGAUGAUUGGUGUUCCUUAGUGAGCUGUGAUUGCUGGUGGGUUUAUUUGUUGACGUUCAACAGUGCAAAGUGAGCUGUUUCCCUGUUUCCAGUCUCUAUGCUAAGCUAGGUUUCCUGGCUGCUGGUGGUAUUUUCACGUCAUAAAUACACAUUAAAUGUUAAACUUUUCUUUUAACAGGCACUUUAGACAUUUGUUCAGAUUAUAAGUCCUUUAAAGCAUGGUUAUUUUUUAGUUUCAUUUAACAUCAUUUCUUAUUUUUAAUUUACUGAAUUAUUUGAUUGUUUUGCCUCAAGACAGUUAUAUAUUUUUUUUCUUUCUCCAUCUUUAGCCUGUCCUGUCUUACCAGGCAUCUACCACUGUGAGGCACUAUGAGGAGGCUGCUUUGCUAGCAUGGGAUGCAAGACAGACGGACAAUUAAUCAAAGAAAGAUAAAACAGCAACAUGCAGCAAAACAACCUGUUUUUUUAUUUCUACGUAUUUGUACAGUAGUCAUAUUGCAACACGAUGGAUCGAUCAUGAAUCCAUCACUGAUGUCUGAACUCAAACGGACCAAGAACUGAACCCUCGUACUCACACGCAGGAGGACAACUUCACAACACUUUAUGGAGGACGACAGCCUUACUUCAUUUCGGGUUAUCUAUAAUCAACUAAAGCCCCCACCUUCUUGAGUAUCACACCCACCACAACCCAAACAACUGCACGCCAACCCUUUGCUUCUAGAAGACUUUAAAAAAGAUGACACUGCUGAUUUCCAGGUGUUUUUAUUGACUGUGACUGGCUGCGAUGGGACGUUGAUGUAAUGAUGGUACAGUUUAGUCCAGAUGAGUUUUUGCCCUGGCCUUGUACUGCCCACUCUGCAGUCUCUCAGCAUUCAUGGUAGCGGUGAGAGACUGCAAAGAAUCACAGCAUCUUCUUGUCAAUUUAAAAAAAAGAGAAAACACUGUGUUGAAAUAUGGCACUAUCCCUUUUAAUACCUUUUCUUUUCUUCUUUUCUUACCGUGCAAAUAGUGCAUUUUGUGAUACUUUUUGAUAGACCGGGUCUGACUGAUACUUUUGGGGAGAGUGAAGAAAAUAUUUUAGGCAAAAAUACAAAUAAUACAACCCAAAAGACAAAAAUAACACAAGUGUACCAACAUUGGUUGCACAUUUCACAACAUAGUAAUCAAAACAAAAACAUCCUCUGCACGAUUUCAUUUGACUCGACUGUAUUAAUGAGCCUCGAGCACAAUUGGGCGCAUGUUUCCUAACAUAGCAUCUUAUUAUCAUGAUUACAUGGGUAGGUAUCCACGCUGUUUCACACUAAUUUAAGAAUUAGGUUCAGUACAUGCAAAGUGUGUCACUUGAAAACAAACAACAAUGAAAAGAAUUCCACCACAUUAAAAAGGAGCCAAAUCCAAGUGUUGCUCUGCUGUCGUGUUAAUGCGAAUGGAUUUGUUAUGCCGAGAACGUGACACCUCCCCCUCCACCUUUUUUAAAAGAUUUUCCUCACUGCACUGUGACUCAAAAAAGCUCGUUGUGGAGUCAACACGAAUCUGUGGGUUCUCCCCUGUGUGCACUACCUGCUGUGCGUGCUGUAUGCCUUGUUCCUUGUCUGUCCUCAUGGGAGUUUGGACUGUUAACAUCACUGUCCGCUGUCCUUGUUUUUUCAUGUGUGCUGCAGGAGAAGGGGAGGCAUUGAGCUCCUGUGUGGCUGCAGACUGACUGUUUUAAAGAUGUAGCUGGUCUGUGUGCGGUACCGUGGCUGUGUCUUUGCCACCUUGUUCUGACUGUUAACUGUUAGCUUCCACUGAUGAUGCAUGAUGGCAGUGUUUCUUUGUGUUUUGUACCCUUUGAUGCACUCGGCCUGAGCAGUCUUUGUAUGUACCGUAGCAGUGUCUCGUCUCUCUUCACUCAUCUGCUUUUUAUGUUCCCUCUCAGAAAAAAGAACAAUACAGCGAUUCAUCCUCAUA